UCAUUGCACAAGAGUUGUACGAUAGUCCUUUUAUUGUGUGGUUACAAGCUGCUUCAGUUAAGAGAGAGCAGUUAUCGGCUGAAUGACUUUGACCUCAACUUCUUCCUUGUACGCAACAACCAAUCACCGAUCCUGGAAAGCUACAAAGGUUUGCAGGUUCAAUAGGAGAUCUCUAUAGUUACUUUGGAUACCAGUUAAAAGAGUUCUCUGCCUCCUUCCAAGCAGUUGCAGCCUCCAAAAUGAACACUCAACCAGUGAUCAUGAGUCAGCCACAGGUUGUGGUUGUCCAGCAUCAAAGCCCCCAGUGGCAGACCGACUUACUCGACUGCUUUAGUGACUGUGGAGUGUGCCUCUGUGGAACAUUUUGCUUUCUGUGUUUGGGCUGCCAAGUUGCUUCAGAUAUGGAUGAAUGCUGCCUCUGUGGUCCCACCAUGGCAAUGCGGUCUGUCUACCGGACAAAAUAUGGAAUCCCUGGAUCCCUCUUGGGGGACUAUUUUGCUGUCUUUUGCUGCCCUCAUUGUUCGCUUUGUCAGUUGAAGAGAGACAUCAACAAAAGGAAGGACAUGGGGAUUUUCUAGGAAGAGCUAUUCAGCACAACUGUAUCCCAAAGUCUCUUAUUUACUUCCAGUUCAACGUCAUCCUCUGUACCUAAUUUUCUGAGAGACGCCAUUUGUUUCAGUGGAAAAGAAAAGGCAAGGGAAAAUGCUUGUGGACCUUUCAAAAUGUAUUUUUAUAUUGUGUAAUUUUGUUACUAAAAAUAUAAUUGUGUAAAUUUGUUAAAGAAAAAUUGUUUAAUAAGAAUAAGAAAUAAUGGUGAACUGCUUAGCUACCUGUAAUAAAAAUGGAGAUGUUCUGUGCUUCAAAUUUAA